AUGGCUCAGAAGGUCGUUCUCUGCGGGGCAGGAUUUCUAGGAAGCAACAUUGCAAUCGCUAUCAGCAAAGGCAACGCUUCUACCAAGGUUCUGCGUCGCAUUCAAGUAUCCUCGCGACAUCCUCAGUCUACAUAUACCCAGUUGACCCGUGACAUCCCUCAAGAACAUCUCCUACCGCCAAUUCCAAUCGACAUCACGAAUCCACAGACCCUGCGACAGGCUUUCGACAAUGCUGAUGUCGUUAUUUCGUUGGUUGGAAUUCUCCAUGGGUCGCCAGAACAAUUUGACAAGAUUCAAUGGAGGGGUGCGGAGAACGUGGCAAACGCGGCGAAGGAAGUUGGCGCCAGAUUGAUCCAUAUCAGUGCAAUCGGUGCAGACAAAGAUAGCGAUAUUCCCUACGAGAGGACCAAAGCUUUAGGUGAAGAAGCUGUGUUCAAGGCAUGCCCGGGAGCUACGGUUGUGAGACCCAGUCUCGUGUUCGGGCCGGGAGAUGGAUUCUUCCUGAGGCUCGCUAGGCUAUCUCAAAUUCUUCCGUUCAUGCCAGUCUUUGGAGGCGGCCUCACACGAUUUCAGCCCGUAUAUGCGGGUGAUUUGGGGCGACUUGUUGAGAUCAUCACGAGAUCCGACGAAGAAGUCAUAAAAAAGGUCGCGGGUAAGAUUAUUGAGGCCGGUGGUCCAGAUGUAUUUACUUAUCGUCAAAUCAUCGAGCUGGUCCUCAAGUAUACCAAGCGCAUAAGACCUAUUAUAUCUCUUCCUUGGUUCGUUGGAGAGGCUCAAGGCGCUAUUUUUGAACGUCUCCCUCCGAAUUUGUUUACCGUGACAAGAGAUCAGGUGGCUCAGCUGAAGCACGAUAACGUCGUUUCAUCCGACUCCGCCCAUCUUUCAUGUAAGGAAAUAUUAGAAGAGUACUCGGCGGCUUCGUCUACCUCUGUUCAUGAGAUAUUACCAAAGUACCUUUGA